AUGACUGCAGCCCCAGGCGCCGAAGAAACAAGACGGGCUAAGAAGAGAGCCACCGACCGCCGAGCUCAAUACAACCACCGCCUACGUCGUAAAGCAUAUCUGCAAGAACUCGAAGACACUGUCAAGAAAUGGAACGAACACCACAGUGCUGAAGAGCGUACACAAGGACUUCUAAGAGAACGAGAUGAGUGGAAGAGCAAAUGCGAGAAGCUGGAGGCACAACUCAAUCGGGUGCGCACAGCCUUGAACGUCCCAGUCGAACCUCAAACACUCAACACGCAGCAUGAUUUGGACGAUGAUGAGCCGAGGCAGAGACAGUCUUCAGAAUCAGUCCUGGAGCACGACCGCGAUCAAGUGCUUGACACGACAGACGUUCGUACCCUGCCAUCCGAUGCUUCCGAUACAGAUAUUGCCCAAGCAGAAAAUCGACAUUUUGCAGGAUCAUAUGUUGGUGGUGAGCCCGGGUGCUCGAGUUCGGUUCCAGUCGCGAACAAUUCGCAUUACGCCCAUGACUUUGGCUUGUUACCUGUCGAUAACUAUGUUAUUACAAAUAUCGCAAUCGAAUACCCGGAGAUUCACAAUCCUUCAGCAGUCGAUUACGAAUUGAUGCCCGAUCUCUCCUCGACCGCACCAUUACCACUUCUCCAGCUCCCAUAUGAACCUUCACAUCAGCCUUUCCUGCCAACAGGUACAGCGUAUGCUGUUGGUGGUGCGGGAAUGGUUAAGUUUCACUUCCCUUUGUUGUCCCCUCCAGUCGGCGAGGCCGACAGGAUGGUGCAGCGCCUCGUUGAGGAAGCUCGAUCUGAACAUCUCCAAGGCCGCUUCGACGCAUCGGAACCUUCUCUGAAGAAGUUACUGGCAGAUCUGCCGUCAGAUGUGCUGUCAUUCCGACUGUUUCACUUCAUCACCAGCUACGGGCCUAUGCCACUGCACCUCCUACUUGGAAUCUUCUGGGUUCAAUAUCUGGUCUUGCGAUGGUUCGCACUAAGAACUCAGUCUACCUACGAGAGAUUGCCAAUAUUUAUGCGACCUACACCUUUGGAAUGUGUUAUACCACAUCGACCCUUCAUUAACAUGCUGAUAUGGCCAAAAAUUCGUCAGAAACUGAUUCAAGACCCAAGGAUGGAUCCUGAACAAUUUGGGACAUCUACGUUGCAGCAUCUCGAGACAAAAUGGUCGAAUUGUGCACCGGCAUCAUUAGACGUUCUAACCACGAUCGAGAAACAGGCCGAAGAUCUAUCCUGGUGGACCUUAAAGCCCGAUUUUUUCAAAGCACACCCAGAAUUCUCGUCUAUGAAUCUACUUGAAGUGGGCUGA